UUAAUAUUUUCAUUUCCGUGGUAAUUUUGCAACCACGAGGUCCACGACACCUCUUCAAAUAUCGUUGGAAACAUUCUACAAAUAAAUGAAUAAUACUCGUUCUGUCUCAAAAUUAUUGUCCAGUUUAAGAUUUUAGUUUCAGUAAAAUUUAAAUCGAAUAUAAAAACCCAAACUGGACCAUGAUUCCAGGAGGGGGGAGAAGCAACAGGUUAAUAAGAAAGUAUGUGAAUCCUGAAUCUGAGAAUACUGUAAUCUUCAAUUUCGUGGAAAUCAGAAUACUUUUAAAGACAUUUGUACUUAAAAUGAAAAUUUAAACUGCACAAUAAUAUCGGGGACGAAGGGAUUAUCUCAUUAUCUUAUUUAAAUGAGAGGCUCCAACACACUUUCUGCAGCAAAGGACCAAGAUUGCCCAUAUACAGAGUGAAAAUGACAAGUCUAGUUCUGUAUCCAUCUCCGGGCAUGGGUCACCUGAUUUCCAUGGUGGAGCUCGGAAAAUUCAUACUGAACCACCACCCUGAAUUCGAAAUCGUCGUCCUCACCGUCAGCCUCCCUGUCAACACCGGCGCCACCGCUUCAUACAUCAAAGCCGUUUCUGCUUCCAACACUUCCAUCACCUUCAUUUCCUUACCCAAUGUCACUCUUCCUCACGACCUUAACUCUUACACUGCCAUGGAAGCCAUAAUUUAUGACACCCUCCAUCUCAGUAACCCUCAUGUUCAUCAAGCUCUCCAGUCCAUUUCUUCAAAGAACAACAAUACUACCAUCUCUGCAUUCAUCAUAGACUUCUUUUGUUAUCCUUCUCUCUCUGUCUCUGCACAACUCAACAUUCCUACAUAUUUCUUCUUCACCUCUGGCGCAAACUGUUUAGCCACUUUUCUGUACUUUCCAACCCUCCAUAGAUCAACCACCAAAAGUUUUAAGGACAUGAAUGAAAUUCUUCAUAUUCCAGGCUUACCACCAUUACCAUCUUCUGAUAUGAUACUGCCAAUGCUUGAUAGAACAACUCCAGAAUACGCAUGUUUCUUGGAAACAGCUACCUUUUUACCCAAAUCGUCUGGAAUCAUAAUCAACACCUUCAGUUCCCUCGAAGAAGAAGUUCUGAAAUCAAUUUCUCAAGGAACUUAUGUCCAGGAUGGACCCACUCCCCCUCUGUUCCCCAUAGGACCUCUGAUUUCAACUCAGGGUCGAGGAAGAAAGCACGAUUGCCUGGAAUGGCUAGACAAGCAGCGAAGUGGAAGUGUAGUUUUCCUCUGUUUUGGGAGCUUGGGUCUGUUUUCUGCAGAGCAAUUAAGAGAAAUUGCUAUUGGUUUGGAGAAGAGCGAGAAAAAGUUCUUGUGGGUUGUGCGGAGUCCACCUUCAAAGGACAAAAGCAAACGGUAUUUGCCACCGCCGGAGCCGGAGUUGGAUUUGCUACUCCCGGACGGUUUCUUGGAAAGAACAGAGGACAGGGGAUUGAUUGUGAAGUCUUGGGCUCCCCAGUUGGAGAUUCUAAAUCAUGGAUCCGUGGGCGGGUUCGUCACGCAUUGUGGGUGGAAUUCGGUUUUGGAAGCAGUUUGUGCGGGUGUGCCAAUGGUGGCAUGGCCGCUUUAUGCAGAACAGAGGAUUAACAGGAUAUACUUGGUUGAGGAACUGAAGCUGGCUUUACCAAUGGUUGAAGGAGAGAAUGGAUUCGUGAACUCAAUUGAGGUGGAGAAACGUGUGAGGGAAUUGAUGGACGAGGAAGGAGGAGGAGGGAAAUUGAUCAGGGAAAAUAUCCAGGCCAAGAAAGAGGAAGCUGAACUAGCAAUGGCGGAUGGAGGUUCCUCCGUUAUUGAACUGCAGAAAUUGGUUGAUUCCUGGAAGCUAUCCCUGUAACUGAGGAUGGGAGAUUUUACAAAAUUACUAAUAAUUCAAAUUUUUAUUUAUUUAUUUUUUUUUUGGGGGGAAAUUUCAAAGUGCAAAAUGAUUAUGCUGCCUGCUUCGCUAGUGUCCACAAAUUCUUCUUCUUUUUAUCUUUUCUUGCAUCAUGUCCUUUGAUGAUGAUGCUUGUACAUUGCUUGCACUUUCUGUGUUCUGUUUUCCCCAUUCAGGCUGGACUUUAGGUUGGUCCAACAUUGUAUAAAACCCAAAAAUCGUCACAUUCAUCUUAUGAUAAUGUUAGUGGCCUCUAAUUUCAAGCUUUCAACACCUUCAACCCCAUUGAUCAAAUAUCAUCAACUCACCUUUGGAACUCCUUCAGGCGCGGCAGAAUAUCAUCAUCAUCAUCAACUUAUACAGGUGUUGAUUGUUGAAUAAAUUCAGAAUUUAGUUCGAUUAGGUGAUUCUUGCUGGGCAUGGUCUUGUUGUAUUUUGUACAUAGAAGUUGGAUUAGUUGUCAUGAGUAAAUGUCUUGAAAGUUUGGUAUAGCUCGUUGCUCUCCUGAUUUGCUUGCAUGUUUGUGCUUAAUCUAUUUUGCAUUGCUUAAGAAUGUUUAUAAAGCUAUUAUGAAUCAUAGAUUACGAGAUUUCCCUUUUUAGUAGUUAGGAGCAAAACUUGGAUGUGGCAGCUCAUAUUUUGUACAGGUUGAAACAUCUCCUAAAAAACAAUUCUAUGUUUUCUUUCUUAUCAGAAUCUGAUAAUUAACAUCGAGUAACAAACACGUGGUUAUUUUAUUUUAUUUUAUUUUUUGAAAAAGUAGCACGUGGCUAUGAAUAUAUAUAUAUAUAUAUAUAGUAUUUUCUUUUUACAAAUUAUGAAUACUGACUUUAUCAAAUUCUAUAGAACAAGAAGAAAAAAAGUGAAAUUUCCAAAACCAUCGACUUUUCAGUCCGUUUUGAUAUCGCGACGAAGUUGUCGACCAGGAGUUAUAGGUCUUAUUAGAGUUGAGAAUGGCUAUUGGAAAGCAGGUUGGCUUAGUGUAAUCAGCAUGGACGGUCACGAUCAAGUAUUUUCACGGAGAAAUCAAUUUCACAUUUUAUUUUCAAAUUUUGGAGGUUAUCAUCAUUUUGUACGACCCCGAGCGUGCUAGUUCAUAACAUUGUAGGAAUUCGUUUGGUAGAGUUAUUAUUGCUUAACUUUAAGGUUUUGCCUCCCAAUUCUAUUAAAAAUAGUAAUAAUUAAAAAAAAAAUGAUUCCGCCACCAAGUAAACAAGCGUACGUCGACUUUAUUGUCGGGAUAAGGAGAGAGAUGCCGAAGUCGACGAAUAUUUCUUCAAUUUUUUUCCUCAUCGAAUUGAGUAGCUCAGCUGCGAUAUGUUUGUUUCACUUGAUUGAUUUACAACAAAGUACUACUCCAAUUUAAUGUAACACUUAUCAAGUUAGGGUUUUGGGCUGAGGCUUGACGUUUUUUGUUUGUUUUUUUUCUGUCUUGUUCAAAACCAACUCCAGCAUACAUGUCAAAAGGCAAGCAACUUAAUUAUACGCCA